CCGAUAUGGGCAGCAAGUUCCGUGUAGUACCGUCUGGCCUAUCAGACAGAUUUGACUACCCGGAAUAGCAGAAUGGAGUGGUUGUUCAAAGUGACACUAGGGCUGAUUGUGAUUGCUGGCUUAGCAGGAGACACGCAGGCUCAAAGUACGGAUUUCGAGAUUCGCUGCGGUCGGUUUUCGUUUGCGUUCUUCGGCGACCCGAGCGAUUGCGGUCGGUUCGUGUUCUGCGAUGAAGGAAUGCCGGUUGAGCACGAGUGCGAGCCGGACGAGAUCUGGUCCCAGCGAGACGCUAGUUGUGUGCUGGGAGAUCGGGAAACCUGCGAACUUUGGGAUGCACGGGAUGCUUGCGUUGGGCUGGGCGAUGGACCCAUUGGUUUUCCGAGAAAUUGCGAAAGGUACAUAAACUGUAUUGAAGAGCAGGCCGAGGUUGUGGAUUGUGCGCCGGGAUGGAUUUAUGUGGAAAAUGGAACCGAUUGUGUGAUCGGCAGUUCGACGCUGUGCAAAUCGUUGGAACAUCUUUGUACAGAUAAUGCAACACAAAAUCUUUCCGUUCAUCCUGAUUUUUGCGAUGCCUUUAUUAGUUGUGACGCAAAUGAGAUUAUGUUGGACUUUUGUCCCGCAAAUGAAAUUUUCCGUUCGGAUAUCCAAUUUUGCGCUCCAGGUGAUCCGGAAAGAUGUACUCUAACUAGAUUGGAUGCUCUUUGUGUAGACAGACCCAGUGGAAUUGUUGCACAUCCUCAAGGUUGCACUAAAUUUGUGGAGUGUUACGAGGACAGCCCAACCGAAGUGCAGUGCCUGCGAGGUGAAGUAUUCAACCCACGAAAUUCGGAGUGUGUAGUCGGUAAUGAUGAGACUUGCGAGGUGUUGGGUGAAGUGUGCAUCAACCAACCAAAUGAAUGGGUAAUUGAAACACCAAACCACUGCGACCUGUAUAUUAGAUGCUCCGACAAUAGCUCUUCGCUGCGUUCAUGCUCACCGGGUACAAUUCUUCGCCCAGAUAUGCAAUUUUGUGUUCCAGGCCACAACGAAACUUGUGAGUUUACUCCUCUUGAAGAAAUGUGCAAUAAUUCGCCGUUUGGAUCGGUCUUUCCUCAUCCGGACAACUGUGCGAAGUAUGUGAGAUGUGCAGUCAAUGUGGUCUCAGAAAUUCCUUGUCCACUAUACCACAUCGUUAGACCGGGUACUAUCGAAUGUGUUCCCGGGGACCCUGCUACCUGUCAGCUUUUAGAAGAUUUGUGCAUCGACAGAAACGACGAGAAAAUUCCUCAUCCGAUUGAUUGCGACUCCUACAUCCAAUGUCACGAGCAUCAAUCUGCCAUUUUGGUGUGUCCCCCAGGAGAAAUAUUCGACGUGACUGAGCAAAAUUGUAUACCAGGGAAUACCGUAACAUGUGAGGCGUUGUAUUGCCUUAACCAGGAGGAUGGAGUUUCACCUCAUCCCAAUGAAUGCAACGUGUUUGUUCAAUGCGAUAGCGAAAACAUUUCUCUACACGAGUGUCUUGCUGGAUAUAUCUUCCAUCCAGCUUUGCUAGUUUGCACACCAGGAAACAUGUCGAGUUGCGUUUUAGAUCCAGUCGAAGAAAUGUGCGUGGGAAGAUUCGAUGGAUCACGCUAUCCUUAUCCGGAUUUAGAUGAAUGCACCCGGUACGUCGUCUGUACCAACGGUCAAUCCAACGUACGAUCCUGUCCGGCGAACAAUGUACUGCUACCGCGGUACUUAGAGUGCGUACCAGGCGACGUCGAUACUUGCGAACAUUUUGAAAAUCUUUGCUCUGCGGAUCUCGAAGCAGUCUUUCAUCAUCCCAGCAGAUGUGAUAUAAAAAUCGUGUGCUACACUGGAAGGCCUGCUCUAGAAUUUUGUUCCGAUGGACAAAUUGUUGACCGGGAAUCAUUCCAGUGCGUUCCCGGUGAUGUCGACGUAUGUUUACCACUGGAUAAUCUUUGUGAUGGCCGACCGGAUGGUGAUUACAAGAACCCAGUUGACUGCACUCAAUUUGUUCGCUGCAAGUCUGGAGUUGCGACGGAAGUGAACUGUCCUGAUGGCGAGAUUUUUGUCGUUGAAGAGAAGAUUUGUUAUCCUGGUGAUGUUAGCAGCUGCGUAUUACUUCCGUGAGAAACCAUUUCAAUGGUCAACGAUAAGCUCAUCCUAUCGAUUGUAUAAAUAAAUAAAUAAAUAAACAAA